UGAACGAUGUAAGAAUGUCACGUGACUAUUUUCACCUGUCAGGUAUCCAUCCAUCACUUUGAAAACAUUCCAAUAAGCUGAAUGGCAGGGAAUCGUGUGAUAGGAGCUGCUAGCUUACCAUUAAUAGGAUGCAUAGCAUUAAUAGCAGCAGCCGUGUGUCAAGUCAUAGCAUUUGCGUGUGCUAACUGGGGAUAUGAUAAAACUCGAGUUGUGUAUGUCGGUUUGUGGAGAGAUGGAAAUUGUCUCAAAUCGGAUCAUAGAGAAUGUUUCAGGCGGGAUCAUGUGGAAUAUUUUGCUGAAGACUGGUUGAAAGCUGUUCGAGGUUUAGAAUGCCUGGCACUGAUAUUUCUAUCUUUCCCACUGGUAACCCUCCCAAUCUACAUGUACAUAGCAUUGGGACUGUAUUACAGAUGCAUGCUGGGUACUAUGGCUUUAUGUAGUUUGAUCUCUGCUGUGUGUUGUUUGGCUGGUGUAGUUGUCUAUGGGGUACAAAUAACAUCUAUGGACUGGGAUACAUCAUGGUGUCUGUACGUAGCCAUAGUAGGAGCAGCAGGAGCAUUCAUUGCAUUUUUAGUUUUAAUUGUAGCAACAAUAACAAAAAGACCGGAAAAAGUCAGACGUGUUGAGAAAGUUAGAAUGUAUACAAUUUAUGCUGACGAAUGACAUAAAUUAUUAAGCUGCAGUGGAACUUUACAUACUUAAAAAAAAGUGGGAUAAUGAAAGUGCUUUGUAUGUUAUUUCAAUACAAACUAUAUAUUACCAAAGAUGCAUGAAUGUCGAAAUGUAUGUAUGGACAAAAAUGUGACAUGAUUUUGUUAUUUUAUGUUUAAUAUUAAAUCAUAAGAAAUUAACAUAAA